CUAAGAAAAGAACUUCAAGAACUGUGCGGUCGGUCGUUGGUUUGGUUGGGGCGACACGAUAGUCAAGUAAAGCCUCUGCGAAUCAAUAUCGAAAUCAUUCAGUCUUAAAGGUGUCGUCAGCCGGUAAAGACACACAUGUGACAAGUUUUUUCAAUUAAAAAAGAAAGAAAUACUCUGGCCCGAGAGUCGUGUACUGUGCGCCUAUAACUAAGAAUAGUAUUUAUCGUAUCGUAAUAGAAUUAAUAUUUAAACAAAAAAAAAGAAACAAACACAAACAAAGUAUAAAUACCACCGUUGUCGUACUAUUUAUUUUUUCUGUGAAAAAAAUUGUGUGAAUACAAAAAAAGCAAACAAAAAAUAUAAAUAAAAGAAGAUAUAGAUAAAAUAUAAAAAUAAUUCAUGGGAAUUAUAUAGUUUUCAUUGAGGAGCUACUAAAGCAAAAAAUUGCAAGAUAAAAAAAACGUAACAAAAUUGCUAAACCAGUUCCUGAAUCAUCAAGUGGAUUACUCGACUCGUCACAGUUAGGCCUGAUAAAACGUAUUCAAAAUCAGCAAAAUGCAGGACCUACACAUGACAGAAAAAAACAGUGAAGAUUCCAAAAAAUUGGAAAAUUCAUCGCCACCUGAUAAAAACGAAGAACAUCCUACCUCAUAUAUGGAAACAAUUGUUCACCUGUUUAAAGGAAACAUCGGCCCAGGGCUAUUUGCAAUGGGCGACGCCUUCAAAAAUGGUGGUCUAAUAGUUUCACCUGUACUCACCAUUGUGAUAGCGUUGAUCUCAGUUCACUGCCAGCACAUACUCUUAAAUUGCUCAAAAAGAGUUAAAGUUCUUAGUCAAUCGGAGCAAUGUCCUGAUUAUGCGGAAACAGUUGGUCAAUGUUUUGAAAUAGGACCACCGAAAUUAAGAAGUUGGGCAACACAUAUGCGGACAAUUGUUAAUAUAUUCAUUUGUGUAACUCAGCUGGGAUUUUGUUGCAUUUAUUUUGUUUUUAUAAGCACAAAUCUUGAACAGAUUUUAAAACACCAUGGAUAUCACUGGAAUGUACACCUUAUUAUGCUGAUAGCAUUUAUACCCAUUCUAUUGACUUGCUUGAUUACAAAUUUGAAGUACCUUACUCCAGUGUCAUUGUUAGCAAAUCUUAGUAUGGUAAGUGGAUUGGUCUUGACGAUGUAUUUUGCAUUUAAAGGAGGUCUUCCGGCGCCCAGUGAACGCCAUUACCUAACGAAUGCUCCUCAACUAGCGCUGUUUUUUGGCACAGCCAUAUUUGCUUUCGAAGGUAUUGCACUAGUGUUGCCACUUAAGAACGCUAUGAAAAGACCGAAUAAUUUUGAUCGCCGAUUGGGUGUGCUGAAUGUUGGAAUGACAUUCGUAGCAUUUGCAUUCAUAUUUGCUGGAUUCUUUGGUUAUUUGAAAUGGGGCGAUGAUGUUGGCGGAAGUUUGACUCUUAAUUUGGGAAGUAGUUGGCUUGCACAAGUAGUCCAGUUGAUUGUAUCAUUGGGAGUUCUUCUUGGAUAUCCAUUGCAGUUCUUUGUAGCUAUUCAAAUAAUGUUUCCAGCUGUCCAGCAAAUGUUUAAACUUAAUCAAAACUCAAUUGUUGGCGAGCUUGUUUUUAGAACUGCUAUGGUCGUUAUUACGUUGGCCAUUGCUGAACUAGUCCCAAAGCUGAGUCUAUUCAUAUCGUUAAUUGGAGCACUUUGUUCAACAGCCUUGGCGCUGGUGUUCCCACCUUUAAUCGAAUUAAUCGUCCGGACCGAGAAUUCGAAAGGGCCUGGUGUGCAAAUUUUUGCAAAAAAUAUUUUUAUUCUCAUAUUAGCACUGCUGGGAUUCUCAACGGGAACCUAUGAAAGCAUAUCGGCGAUUAUAAAAGAGUUUCAAUUAUAGUUUUAAGUACAUAUUUACACACAUACAACAAUCACUAUUGAAUCAUAAGUUACAGCAUAACAUCUUAAUUUUUUCUUAGAUUUUAAACAAACAAAAAAACAAAAAACAAAGAUUAUUUGUACCUUACAAUUUAUACACUUGAUAAGUGCCUUUUAAAACAAGAGUGGUAUUUUACAUUGUAAUUUUAGCUAUAACUUUUAGAUAUUAAGAAGAGAAAGAAACUAAAACCAAUGUUUAUAUAUGUUGAUUUAUAUGAUAAGUCUAUUUUAUAAGACAACAAUUAAAUGCUUACACUUGAAUGGA